UCUGAUAUAAUUUUCAGUGGGGAUCUGACCCUUACUCUUAUCCACAACUGUUUGGAUUAUCUUUCUUCAUUUCUGGAGAAUACUUGUCAAGAUUUCUAUGAAUUCUUUACCUAGACGAGGAAGCACAGGCAUUAUGAGGCCUAAGUACAAGCUGAAAUUCGUGCUGAUGAGGCUCAAGAGUUCUUCUAGGUAAGCCUUGUGAUAAUUAAUCAAUCAUUUCAAGUAAGUCUUGAUGUUCAGGCAUACUAGGUUGAGGUCUAGUGACUCUUGUUGGUCUGUCAAGGGCAAAGCAUAGUGAAUCUCAGCAGCGAAAUCAAGGAGUUUUGGUAUGAGAUUUUUGUGAUAUUUAAACCCCCUGAAUUCUAUCUGUGAGAGUAUUUCAGGGAUCAAGUAUGUGUUUGGCGUCAGAAUUAGAGUUAAUAACUUUGUAUCCAGGGUUGUAAGCAAUAUAGAUCCCUGCAUCUUUGGCUGACUCUGUCCUCCUCAUGAUCGACAUCUUUCAAUCCAGUGCCAGCUUUGGUUAUAAAAAUCAGUAAAUAGCUUCGGAACAAGACCUGAUUCCAUUGGAAUUUUAGUGAGUCAUCUCCCUAUGGCUAAGUAAUAUUUCUCUAGAUCUCCUUCUGCUGCUGUCAGGAUUAAUAGAGUUACGUAACAUGCCAAGGCCAUAUGAAUGUCUAUGAAUUUGCUCUUGAACAAGAUUUUCUCAAUGAACUCAAAAACUGUUUCUCACUCGAAAUCCAGAGCAAUGUCAAGAACUUUAAACACAAGUGGACUGGUCGUACGGGAAGAACUUCCAGCCACGCCCUCUGCUAAAUCUAUUGAUAAGUUUUUGGAAGCCUUGGAGAGUGAGGCCAAGAACUUAGACUCAAAGGAGUUCCCUGGAAUUGCUAAUGGGGCUAAUAAGGUUGAUUUGAGUGAUGGCCCGGUUGACAUUUUUUG